AGCCAGGCCAGCAGCCUAGCUUCCGGAAGGACCCUUAAGGCUCCAGAUACCCAAACUACCCGUGGCCAGAUGUCUGCCUGAGCCCCACCCCAAAUGCCAGUCCUUCUUCCCCGAGCUCACCCAGCCCCACCCCCAGGACUGAGAGCCCCAGGAAGCUUGGAGAGGUGUGAGAGAGAGACAGGUGUCCUGCCUCAGCCCCGCUCCUUCACCUGCAGAGCCCGGCAUGUGGGGCUACCUGUCGCUGAUGCCCAUCUUCCUAGCUGUCUGGGCUAUCUCUGGCGUCUGGAUCGUUUUUGCCAUUGCAGUGACCAACAGGACGGUGGACCUCAGCAAAGGCUUUCCCUACAUCAGCAUCUGCGGAUCCUUCCCCCCUCAGAGCUGCAUCUUCAGCCAGGUGCUCAAUAUGGGAGCUGCUCUGGCCGCGUGGAUCUGCAUUGUCCGUUACCACCAGCUCCGGGACUGGGGCGUCGGAAGGUGGCCUAACCAGCUGAUCCUAUGGACGGGUCUUCUCUGUGCCCUGGGCACCUCCGUGGUAGGCAAUUUCCAGGAAAAGAACCAGCGGCCUACGCACUUAGCAGGGGCCUUCCUUGCCUUCAUCUUGGGUAACGCCUACUUCUGGCUGCAGCUCCUCCUGUGGAGGCUGAAGAACCUGCCCCAGCCCGGGGCUCCCUGGAUCGGGCCACUCCGUCUCGGCCUCUGCAGCUUCUGCACCAUCCUCAUUGUGGCCAUGAUCAUCCUCCACGCCUGCUCGCUGCGCAGCGUCUCUGCGGCCUGCGAGUGGGCCGUGGCCAUGCUGCUGUUCGCCCUCUUCGGUCUCUUCGCCGUUGACUUCUCCGUCCUGGAGAGCUGCACCCUGUGUGUUCAACCGUGGCCCAGCCUCAGCCCCCCUCCGGCCUCCCCCAUCUCCCUGCCGGUCCAGCUGUAGCAGCCACCCUGACCUGGGCCUCGCCCUCACCAGUGAAGCAGGAAAGAUGGGGCCAAUC